UAGUUUAGGUAGUUUGUUUUUAUUAAGCGUAUUUGUUCAGGGUAUUAUCAAUACAUGCUAACGGAUAGUGAAGUAUAGUAAACUCUCAUUUUGUUAUAGGAUUUUGACUCUCAAGUAGUAUAUACAAACAUAAAGAAUGUUCAAUUCCACAAAAGAGAGUAAAUUCAUAAUUUGGAAAAUUAAAUCGACAUAAAUAAAGCGGAAUUUGAUUAAAAUGACACACUGGAAUACAUAUUAAAAAAUUAUGCCGUAGGGAAAUAUGACUUAUGCCUCAAAUGGGAUGCACAAUUACCAUUAGUUCAAGAAAAACCCACGAUGUUAUAAAACCUAAAAUUGCAACGACUGACAACUCAUCUGAACAAACAGAAGUCCGAAAGGACAAGCUAACACCACGGAACUGGACAAGUGUGGUCAAGGCAGGGGGCAUCGGAGGAGGGGCGGGAAAAGCAAGAAGAAAUGGUAAACUGUUUGUUGAUCCAGACUUUCGUGCUGAUAUGUCUUCCAUUUUUAAACAUAAGGUGACCGCAAAGAAAAUAAUCUGGAAACGACCAAAUGAAAUAAUUUUUAAUCCCGUGUUGGUAUCAGACGGAACCAGUCGACAUGAUAUGAAGCAAGGGGAGUUAAAUGACUGUUGGUUCCUUUCAACUUUGUCUGCGAUUGCGGAAAAGCCGCAGUUGAUGGAAAAGAUCAUACCAGUAGACAAUACAUUCGGAACUUCAGCAUAUAAUGGGAAAUUCCACUGUCGGUUUUGGCAGUUUGGAAAAUGGGUUGAUGUAUAUAUAGACGAUUUACUACCAACUGUGAAUGGGGAUAUACUAUUUGCUCAUUCAUCAGAUCCUACCGAAUUUUGGGUGUCCUUAGUUGAAAAAGCCUAUGCAAAACUUAACAGAUCCUACGAAGCAUUGGAAUAUGGGUUCGAAGCUGAUGCUUUCACUGAUUUGACUGGGGGACUUGCCGAGUGGUACAAUCCUGCUGAUUUAAAAGAAGAAGAUUUCUACCUCAUAAGAGCAGCAUUUCAGUGCGGAGCUGUUAUUGGCUGUUUGAGUGUUGGAUGUCGAAUUAGAAUCAAAGUUGAGGAUAAAGGCGAUCGUGAUGAACGGGAAAAGAAAGGAAUGGUGUCCAACCACAGUUAUGUCAUUACCGGAGUGGAAGAAAUCCCUUACUUACAAAAUACUGCUAAACUUAUUCGAAUGAGAAAUCCUUGGGGUGAUACAGAGUGGAACGGUGCUUGGUGUGACGGGAGUGACGAGUGGUGUCACGUACCUGAAUCUGUACAGUUAGAAUUAGAAUUAAAGACACAAGAUGAUGGGGAAUUCUGGAUGAAUUAUAGAGACUUCAGGAAAGAAUACUGCAAUAUGAUUGUUUGCAACUUGUCUCCUGAUUUUGACCAUGAUGGAAUAAGUGAUAAAGCAGAGUAUCAGUUGAAUCUUUAUGGUAGAUGGGCACGUGGAUUAAAUGCUGGUGGAUGGCUUGAGUGUGAAAGUUUCCAUACAAAUCCACAAUAUAUUCUUACCCUCCAUACAGACAUAAACGUUCAGCGACGAUUUAAUGGUCGUCUUCCGGUUGUUGUAUCAUUACUACAAGUCUUCCAAAGGCAGCAUAAAUUAGAUGGUGGGGAAAUGUUCGCCAUUGGAUUUGAAAUUUUUCAGCUUUUUAACAAGCCAACUGUUGCACUUACCAAAACAUUUUUUGAUCAUAAUGAUCCACUUAUGCCUGAAAAUGAAGAAACAUAUGCUGAAUAUAGAGAGACCUCGGGUCGAUUCUUCCUUGACCCAGGACAAUACCUCCUUGUGCCAACUACACAGCAAAUUAAUCAACAACGGUCAUAUCUCUUGCGAUUAUUUAGUGUAAGCAGAAUGGAAUGCGUUCCUCUUGACAACGUCAAAGAAGGUCUAAGUGAAGAGUCAGGAACGCCAUCUUCACAUCAAAAGCAUUGAUCAACAGUCUAGUUAACUAAAUAGAUAAUAUAAUUGAACAUUCUGCUGUAAUAAUGACUAAUGUAAUGUAAUAUUUAGGAAUCUGUUGUUGAUAAAACAUUUCCAACAGACACUUUGCAUUCGUUGCUUCCAAGCUUGAUGUUAAAGAUGAAUAUUCAAUUGGCAUGAGCCAAAGGAAAGAUUGCCUAGAUAGAGAAAUCUGAGUAGAAUGAAACUAUUCAUAUUUACAUUAACGGAUUAAAUAUUAUGAGGCUGGGACAUUAAUAAAGGUAAGCUGAACGACGACGACUUCAUCCUAACGUUUAGUAUUUAAGAAAACAAACUUGAUUUCGUAGAAUGAUUAGUGUACUUGGUCCCACACAAUGCUUUUUACUAAGCCGUUUAACAUGUAUGAAAAAUAUCUUUUAUUUAAGCGAUUUUUGUAAAACAAAAUAGUCCUUAAUCGUAUGUCAAUUUCAUCGUUAAGGUAAAAAGAAAAACUAUCUGCGAAUGUCGCAUUGUUUCAUUUUAAAGUAAUCUUAUUGGUUUGUGUGUGUUUUGCUGUCAUCUUUCAGAAAAUAAAUGCAGUAUCGUAAACUUUUGGGAGAAACAAAUGUUUUAAAAUAACUUCUCAAAGAUACAGGCUUAUAAUUUAAACCAGGAACGAGCAUAUCUAUUUUUUCAAGUCCGUAUUCCGCAUAUGAUAUGUUUAUUUAUAGUAUACGUGUGUUAUGGAUUUGGUGAGAUUUGUUCACAUACAACGAAUAUGUAUAUAUAUAUAUAUAUAUAUAAAAGUCAAUUGGCUGGAACAUAUUUGUUAUCCUGGUUUUGUUUGGUACCUUGUUAUGGAAGAAUACAAAGGAAAUAGCAAUUAUGUGAUAUUAAGAUAAAAAAAAUAUGACGGGAAGAUAUAUCUGUUGGAAUAUCUUUAUAUAUAACUUUUAGCUUGGCUGAUGAUGUAAAAUCAUUUUCAUUUCAAUUUUACAAUUAAUACAAUUUUGCAUUAAGCUAAAAUACUUCAAAAAUUCUUUGAAAAAUUACUGAAUAAAAAAGGUUAUUUAUAGUGAAAUGAGUAUUACAAUAAUGAAUAUCACAGAUAGCAAAAACUUACAUUAAAACAAUGAACAUACUUUUUUUUCAAAUUAAAACAUAGUAUAUACUCAUAUUCAUAUGCUGUGGAAAUUUAACAAAUUUUAUAGUAAUGAGCUUUUUAACAAAAUUGAUAUCCCAUACCUGUUCAAUUUAUUUGCAAAUAAAAUCAUGUCUUGAUGCAAGCCCCAAAUCUUACUUUCCUCAAUACAUCUUUGAGGGUGAAUAAUGGCAGUUCUUACUUCAUAAGGGGUUACGCAUUAUAUUUGUGUGAUAGAAAAACAUUACUUCUUUGUUAGUAUGUCUUUCUCUUAAGCGGUAUAUAUUCAAAUAUAUAAUAACCUGAUUAAUAUUACCAGAUUUUUUUUAGCAGUUCUACAGUUAUCUCGAAUAAGAUCGCAUAUUUCUAGUGAGUUGAUUCGGUCAACCAAUUCGUGAUGGUGACCGUUAAACUUAUGUAAUGUCUAUUUCAGUCGUUUUUCUAUUAAUUAUCAUAUUUAUGACAUACGAUAGGGCAGAGGGUAUGUUACUGCUGAAAAAUUGGAAGUUGACAACCGGAAAGAUGAAAUCAUCACAUUUGCCAUAGAUUCUAUUGCGAAGUCGCCCAUCUGUGGCCAUACAUAAUACAUAACAAAGAUAACAGUAACAACUAACAAAAUUGACACCGUCUACCAACGAGAAAUAAUAUGGUAUGCCCUCCCAGGUUCCAGCCAAAGGUCUUGUUAUAAAACCAGUAAUGUAUAUUAAUAAUAGAAAUAAGAAGAUGUGGUAUGAUUGCUGAUGAGUUGCUGUUAAACAUACGCUAAAUUUUCUACACUUUUUGGCUGCCACAAAACGUUGAUACAUUUUUUAAAAAAUAUGUUCAUUUAUCACUGCAAUAAACUUUUAACAAAUACUUCCAGGUUUGAAACAAGAUGCAAGGGUAAUCAUUUAGCUAUUCGCAAUUUAAAGCACAUGCAUCCUUGUAAGCAUAUUUAUUCAUUUACUUCUGCUGAAAAAAGUUGAACUGUUGAAUAUUGUUUACACGGUCUACCAUUUAAUACAGCUCAUCAUUUAAAGUAUAGGUUCUGUUGUAAAAUAUAUUGCAAAUUUGUUUAAACGUGGCCAAAAUGUGUUAGCAGAAAUAAAUAAGUCAAAAUGCAUUUUUCAUUUAACGUUAACAUGUACACAAAUAAACCAUUGAGCAAUGUUAUGUUUAUCUUUUUAUGAAGAUUGAAUCAUGACUAAUAGCAAAAUAGCUGUUACGAUUUUCGAAAUGAUUAUGAUUGAAUUCGUUUGUUAAGGAACAAUUAUUUGCACUUUGUCACACGAUCAAAGAUACAUUCAGUGGGAUUAAAACUUAAAUAAAAUGUUUGUUUUUAAAUUGUCAUUACUGUUACGUAGUAUGAGGAGUCAUAAUAUUUUACGUGUAAAAAGCACAUAUUUAAUCAUUAUGUCUCCCUUCUUGUUCAUAAUGUACAUGCGCAUGUCACACAAUGUGUUAUUAUUAUUGUUUUUAUACUUUCAUAGUCACAAGGUAUAUAUCUCAUACACUUUUUAUAUAUGAAUAUUGUUAAUAAGUGGUGAACGGGGAUGUGAUUAAAAUUAUCAAAUAUUCUA